AUGGCUUCACCGGAUGCUACAUGUUAUACCGUCGUCUAUGAAACAGCGUCAGAGACCCCUUCAGCCAGCGAGCUGCGCUCGGCCUUGGAGAAGGGCUCUGACGAGGUCAAAAUCGACACGUUGCGCAAGAUCAUAAUCGCUACUAUCAAUGGCAACCCCCAGGCGCUUUCUCAACGAAAUGGCGUAUCUGGUCUUGAUAAAUUACAGCCUACACUAAUGAUGCCUAUAAUCCAAUAUGUCCUGCCUUCCAAGAACAAGCAGCUGAAGAAACUCCUACAUUUCUAUUGGGAAGUUUGCCCAAAGUAUGACGAGAACGGCAAGCUGAAGCAAGAGAUGAUUCUCGUCGUGAACGCCAUCCGAAAUGACCUCCAACAUCCCAACGAAUAUAUUCGCGGCGCAACCCUCCGAUUCCUCCAAAAAAUCUCCAAAGACGCUGAACUUCUCGAACCCCUCGUCCCAACCUGCCGAUCCUGCCUAGAACAUCGCCACUCUUAUGUUCGCAAGAACGCGGUCUUCGCGCUCUAUUCGAUAUAUCGCGAAUUCGAGAACCUCGUCCCCGAUGCUGCAGAGCUGAUGACCACCUUCCUCGCCGCUGAAACCGAUUCAGCAUGCAAACGCAAUGCAUUCGUCUUCCUCGCUCACGUUGCAACGGACAAGGCUGUCGAGUACAUCUUGAAUUUGGGAGAUAAUGUGGGCGGUUUGGAUGAGGCGCUGCAGAUGAGCAUCAUCGAGGUCAUUCGACUGGACUGCAAGGGCGAGACUGCACACCGCGCGCGAUAUAUCCGCAUCAUCUUCGAACUCCUGAACGCCUCCUCGCAUGCAGUGAAAUAUGAAGCAGCCACAACCCUCACCGCUCUCACCCAGAACCCCGCUGCCGUCAAAGCUGCUGCAUCCUGCCUAAUCAACCUUGUUAUCAAGGAAUCCGACAACAACGUCAAGCUGAUCGUCCUCGACAGGCUCGAGGCCCUGCGCACCAAGCAUGAAAAUGUGUUAGAUGGGCUCAUCAUGGAUGUAUUGCAAGUCCUGUCCCACAGCUCGGAUAUCGAAGUUCGUCGCAAGGCCGUCAAGAUCGUGUUGAGCAUGACCUCGAGCCGCAAUGUUGAAGAAGUCGUUCUGUUCCUCAAGAAGCAGCUGCAGCGCACUCAGGAGUCGGAUACGGAGAAGUCGCCGGAAUACCGCCAACUUCUCAUUCAAUCUAUCCAUGUCACCGCCAUCAAAUUCAGCGAAGUCGCAGCAAGCGUCGUCCACGCUCUUAUGGACUUCCUUGGCGACUCGAACAACCCCAGUGCCCUCGAUGUCGUUUCCUUCGUCCGCGAAGUCGUCGAGAAAUUCCCCCACCUCCGCGCAGCCAUCACUUCCAAACUCAUCUCCACUCUCACCGAAAUCAAGUCCGGCAAGGUUUUCCGUGGCGUUCUGUGGAUCAUUGGUGAAUACACCGAGGGUGUCGACAACAUUCAAGAGGCGAUGCAGGAGAUUAGGAAGGUUCUGGGCGAGAUCCCUAUUCUCGCAUCGGAGCAACGGCUGUUGGAUGAGGCUAGCGGAGGUGCAGAGGAAGAGUCGGAGGAAAAGGAGAAGCCAGCGGUGUCGACCAGGCCACGGGUGUUGGCUGAUGGAACCUAUGCAACUGAAACAGCGUUCUCGACGUCCUCCGCUAAUGCCAGGCUGGAAGCCGUCAAGGCUGCUGCUAAGCCCCCCUUGCGAACUCUCAUCCUUGGUGGAGACUUCUUCACUGGAUCGGUCCUCUCGUCUGCUCUCACCAAGCUGGUCCUCCGGUUUGCAGACAUCUCCAAAGAUGCGGCUGCUUCCAACUUGCUGCGCGCUGAGGCAAUGCUCAUCAUGACUUCUAUCAUCCGAGUUGGCCAAUCCAAGUUCGUCACCGUUCAAAUCGACGAAGACUCGAACGAGCGUAUCAUGAACUGCAUCCAAACCUUGAGCGAGCUUGAUACCGACAAGGAUGUCCGCGAGGCCUUCUUGGACGAUACCAAGAACGCGUUCACGAAGAUGCUUACUGCACAGGAGAAACGCGCUGCUGAGAAGAAGGAAGCUGAAUCGGAGAAGAAGGUCGCGGUGCAGGUUGAUGACCUGCUGUCAUUCAGACAGUUCUCGAAGAGGCAGGCGGAUGAUGUUAUUGACUAUGACGAAGAUGUCAGCAAGGCUACUGGUGCCACUGAGGUGCAGGAGGACUUCAUGUCGAACCUUAGCAGGAUAUCCCAGCUCACUGGUUUCUCCGACCCCAUCUAUGCCGAAGCCCUCGUCAAGAUGCACGGCUUCGACAUCCUUCUCGACGUUCUCUUGGUCAACCAAACCCCCAAUACCCUGCAAAACCUUUGCAUCGACUUUGCUACCCUCGGAGACCUCAAGAUCGUCGAACGUCCCUCCGUAUUCACUAUCGCACCCCACGGCUUCCAAAGCAUCAAAGCAACCAUCAAAGUUUCCUCUACAGAGACUGGUGUCAUCUUCGGUAGCAUCCUUUGGGAAGGGCCCAACAUGGGUGAAUCGUGUGUGAUCCUCAACGACAUCCAUAUCGACAUCAUGGACUACAUCAAACCUGCCUAUUGCAAUGAGGCCCAGUUCAGGAGCAUGUGGACCGAAUUUGAGUGGGAGAAUAGGGUCAAUGUUAAUUCGCCGAUCGCGGAUCCUCGAGAAUACCUCCAGCACGUUAUGAAGGUUACCAACAUGUCGUGCUUGACGCCCGAAGGGGCUACUUCUGGUGAUUGCGAUUUCUUGUCUGCGAAUAUGUAUGCUCGCAGUCUCUUCGGCGAGGAUGCGUUGGCCAACUUAAGUAUCGAACGUACGGAGCAGGGUACUGUUACUGGACACGUCCGAAUUCGUGCGAAGACGCAGGGUAUUGCCCUUUCGUUGGGCGAUAGGAUUACCAUGGCUCAAAAGGAAGCGAAGCCUCUUACUGUGUAA